AUGGCCAGCCUCAGCAUUCAGGAUCCGUGCCCUGCACGUCCCAGGCUUUCUGCAGGGAGGGGAGGAGCCGAGGGCGGAGCGGGAGGAGUGGCGCGAGCCCCGCGUGGGUCCUGCCUGAGGAGAUCACCUCGGCCCCUUGAGAGCCUCGGAGCUGCGGCGGCGCAGGAGGGGGCGCUUAGUGAACUUGGUGGCAUCACUCCAGAUGCUUCUUGGCCCUCUAGCAUUUUAAGGGUUGACCUUGUGGCCCUUAAAAAAACCAAGGAUGUGGCAGUUAGAGUUGCAGGCUGUGGAGGGGUGUCCUGGGGGCUGGUACUGACCCCAGCACAAAUUAAAUCAAUAUGCCAGGCGAUUCUGGACUCUGGGAAGCAGUAUGCCCUAAAGAAGAGAAAACCAUUUCCCCUGAUGUAUUCUUACUAUGGAACUGAAUACUUGGGGGCAGCUCAUGGCCUGUCAUCCAUUCUCCAGAUGCUUCUUUCUUACCAUGAGCAUCUCAAGCCUUCAGAUCGGGAGCUGGUGUGGCAGAGUGUGGACUUCCUCAUGGAGCAAGAACAGAAUUGCAACUGGCCGCCUGAGCUUGGAGAGACCAUUGAGAGAGAGAACGAACUGGUCCACUGGUGCCACGGUGCUCCAGGAAUUGCUUAUCUGUUUGCCAAAGCUUAUCUCGUUUCCAAGAAACCACAAUACCUGGACACAUGUAUCCGGUGUGGGGAGCUAACAUGGCAGAAAGGUCUGCUGAAGAAGGGGCCAGGGAUUUGCCAUGGUGUAGCCGGAAGUGCCUAUGUCUUCCUUCUGCUGUACCGUCUUACAGGAAACUCCAAAUACAUCUACCGUGCCCAAAGGUUUGCUCAGUUCUUAUUCACGGAAGAAUUCAAAGCUGGUUCCCGAGUGCUUGAAAGCAUAUACAGCUUGUAUGAAGGCUUCUCUGGCACUGUUUGCUUUCUCAUUGAUUUGCUACAGCCCAAUCAGGCUGAAUUCCCUCUCUUCAGCGUCUUUGUGUAG